AUGUCGCAUCACCAUCAUCAACAGCAACAACAGUACUAUACAGACAUCUCUGAAGAGAUCCCUUUGGGCCAAGUCCCUGAAGAGAAACAAGAUCAAAAGUUGUUUGAUUCAAGCCAUGUGAAACACGACACUACGUACGCCAGAAUACACAACAGACAAUCCGUGAAUAGCAUCCAAGAGUUGCAAAACAGAAGCUCAUUUUCUUUAUAUUUCAAGACUCUGUUCACCAUUGUACUGUCUUGCUUCUUUACAAUUGCGUUGCUGCUUCUGUUCCUGUAUGCUGACGGAAAGCCCUUGGAUUUCACUAUCAUUGGCCUAAAGAUUCCCUCUCUUGUGUCGUUUCUAUUGAGCGCCAACUUGAUCUUUAUUGCCAGCGGCAUAUCCAAAGCGCUCGCAGAGUAUAAAUGGGUCCGUCUUACAGAAGGUGCCAAGUUGACUAUCAUUGAUGUGUAUGAUGAAUGCACCCGAGGAUUGUCAGGCUUCACAAGUGCUUUUAAAGCAAUGACCUUUGAUUGGGUCCUCGUUGUAGCUCUUGUGUUCAAUAUUGGCCUCUUGAUCAUCAGUCCUGCUUCGCAAGAGCUCCUCGUCCCCGUCAUGAAGAACAUCACACUAGGCCCUAACUCCAGCAUUCGCUUUCAUUAUCUGCCAGCUGAGAGUUUGGGUGGUCGCAGCAAACUUGGCAGUAGUGGCAUUGCGCCAUUUAUGAACGGUUUGUCAACCAAUGCCUAUCUUACUUCUUCCAGUUUUGCCCAGGCUGCAACAGGUAGCAAGUCGUCACCUCUCUAUGAAUGUCCCUCUGGCACUGCCUACUGCUCGUACGAUAAUAUCACCUACAUUUCAACCAACAUGACCUGCAACACUGUGUCUGCUGAUGAAACGGCCAUUGUCAAUCGCUGGGGAACAAACAGAACUGUGGUUGUGCUGAAAGAAUUCUUCACUGCCUUCAAUAUCACGACAGCUUCAGAUAUGAAGUUUCCUAAAUUCUUGUAUUCUGGAGAUAUGGUGAAUCGCACCUACUGGGAUUUGGCCAACUAUACAGCUCCCAUGAUACCAGGAUUGAACGUGCCAGAGAUUUUUACAGACGAGAAGGUGUACGAUGCACGCUACAGACCUUAUGUUGGUGAUCAAUCCUUCAUCAUUGCAUACAACAAGACGUAUCAAACUGCCAGUGUUCUCAAUCCUAACAGCACCUACUUGGAUCUGGAAUUCAAGAAAUGCUACUUUAAUUCGAGUUAUGUUAAUUCUACUUGGAGAACCACAAAUGGCACCUUGGUACAAUAUAGCGUCGAUUCUGCUACUCCUAUUGUCAUGGAUUAUGAUAAAGUGAUUGGCAAUAACACUGCAAACAACUUUGAUGCUAUGACAGCCCAUCCAAUGUACGGCGUCAUGCUCAACGCAUACAUCAUGCAACAGAGCAUCAUCGCAGAACUGUUGGCACCAAAGUAUUACAACAUUCGAGACUACCUUGCUUCGUUUCGUCAGAUCGAAAACUUCAAAUACAACAAGGAACCCUAUCCAUUCGAAUAUUUUAUGCAACAUGCUUUGAAUGCUUUCGAUCAAGCUUAUUUCCAAGCGCCUUAUGUCAACAAUGACGCUGAAUCAUUAGCUUGGUCAGGUUCAGGCAGAGACGGGCAAGCUGUUUUCAAUUUGGAACCUCAAUACGCUAUCAAGAGAGAGGCAUGCUAUGCGCUAUGUCUGUGCUUGUUCAUUCCUAUCGUCUGGUGGAUUGCCAUCUGGACUGUCAGCAUCAAGAAAUCACACGGUGUUGCUCGCGGUAACUCGCAGAUUGCUCUGUUGGCUACUGGAAUGACACCUCUUGCGGAGCAUAACCUGAGAGGUUUCUCCAAAUUGGACAGCGAGAAUGCAUUCAAGUACGCCAAAAAUAUUCGGGUUCGUGUGGGUACAUUUAGAAAUGGAAAUCAAAAAGACGUGGUUGCCUUUGGCAUGGAUGGCGAAGAACAUUUGAUGCCUUUGAAAUAA